AACUAAAGUUAGGGCUUGGGAUAGGGAGGGAAGAAAUCGAGGGGGAUGGGUUUUAUCAAGGAAUUCGCGGAGCACUGGAUCCGGCAGAUGAUGGAGGACCCGCGCGAGCGGGAGCGGCUGUGGAAGGAGCGCAUGGUGGUGGCCAAGCGGCGGAGCGACAAGAAUCUCGAGUACUGGUCACUCCCCGUCAAGCCUUACGGCUUCUGGCAGGCGCCCAAGUACACCAAGGUCUACUACUACAAGCUCCGCCAGAGCAACAUCAAGGGCCGCCAGGAUCCCUUUGAUGUCAUCCAGCCCGACUUGAUCAACUACAUCGAGCGCCCCGCAUUCCUCGAUCCAGAUGGCUAUCCUCUGGAUUGAGCGAGUGAAAUCGAUCGAGAGAGAAUAACUUUGAAAGACAAAUAUAUCUUUCGACCUUGUUCAAACUUACGUGAUUGCGCUUAUUUGUGUCCCCGAGUGAGGAUCAACUUUUUUAGCUCACUGUGUGCUAUAUCCAAUGUUUGGACAAUCGAAGCUAUACAUCCC